AUGGGUUUAAAAGGCUUAAUAAAAAUGUGGCAGGCUGAGCUGGAGGUGGUAGUAAUGUUUGGAAAGUCUUCUGCCAUGUGGAAGAAAAGGUCUCUUGUAGUUGUCCAUUUUUGGGCACCAUGGGCUCCUCAGUGUGCGCAGAUGAAUGAGGUUAUGGCAGCACUAGCAAAGGAGCAUUUGCAGGUUACAUUUGUGAAGCUGGAAGCUGAAGCUGUGCCUGAAGUGUCUGAAAAAUAUGAAAUUAAUUCUGUCCCAACCUUCUUAUUCUUUAAGAAUUCUCAGAAAGUUGACAGAUUAGACGGAGCCCAUGCCCCAGAGCUGACCAAGAAAGUGCAGCGCCAUGCAUCUAGCACCUCCGUUUCUCCUGCUUCUAAUGAUGUUGCAAAAGAGGAUCUUGCUGUACGUCUAAAGAAACUCAUCAAUGCUGCCCCUUGCAUGUUGUUUAUGAAAGGGUCUCCUAAAGAGCCUCGCUGCGGUAAGAAUUUUCUGAAAUUCUUGGUGCAUGUGACAGUCCUUGCUUUGGGCUUGUCAGAUUCAUUCUGCUUUGGACAGUGCGACAGUGUCUUGCAUACCUAG